GCAGCUGAGCGUCAGGACCCCCUCUCUCCUCCUCCUCCUCGCCCUGCUGUCUCAGAGCUGGUAUCCGGGGUUGUCGGUCAGAUUCCUGUGGCUCGGCAGCUUCUCCUCCUCAGGAUGGGUCCAGCUGGAGUUCUGCUGGCGGCUCUGAGCGCAGCGGAGCUUCUCCUCCACGUGUGUUGUGCCCAGAGUGUGACUGCCGUGUACAACCAGACCAUCGCUGUACCCUGCAACAAAGGAGCUCCUCCGCCCAGCGAUCUGAUGUUCGUCAAGUGGAAAUAUGAGAAAGACGACGGCAGUGCGGGGGACCUGCUGGUGAAGCAGGUCCGCAGCCAGCAGACCACGGUCCUGGCCACGGACGCCUACGCCCAGCGGGUCAGCGUGGACCCCAGCCUGGGCCUGCUGAUCCGCCACGCCUCGCUGCUCGACCAGAGGACCUUCACCUGCAUGGUGGUCUCCGCCUCCAACAUCCUGGAGUUCCCCGUGGCCGUGGCCGUCACCAAGGAACCUUCAUCAGUCCAGGUGAUGGACAAAUCAGACGCACUGCAGGAGGACAAGCUGAGCACGGUGGGGACGUGCGUGGCAGCAGAAGCAAACCCCGCGGCCAUCAUCGCCUGGAUGAAGAAUGGAGAGCCCCUGGUGGCUGAUGGGAAAGCCGUCCUCAUCACCCCCAGCCUGAAGGUGGACCCGGCCACCGGUCUGUCCACCACCUCGUCCACCCUGCAGGUGACGGCGGACCGACAGGACGGCGGCUCCGUCUUCUCCUGCGUGUCCACCCACCUGGGGGCCCGGCAGGUGGUGGACCUGGAGCCCUUCCCCGUCCACUACCCUCCAGAGAGACUCAGUCUCCUGGUGCUGCCCGACGGCCCCGUGGUGGAGGACAGCAACGUGACCCUGAGGUGCCAGGCGGACGGGAACCCUCCUCCCCAGUCCUUCUACUUCCACAUCCAGGGCCAGAGGAUCCUGGUGGAGGGAGCCGACAGCUACACCCUGAGCGGCGUCAGCAGGCGGGCUGCCGGAGAAUACAAGUGUUCCCUGGCCGACAACCCCACAAUGGAGACGUCGCAGACGCUGGCCGUCAGCUACCUGGACCUGAGUCUGAUUCCCACUGGGAGGGUCGUGAAGAAGGUUGGAGACAGUUUUUCGGUGAAGAUGGAGAAGAAUUCCUCAGGCAAUGCCAGCGUGGUCUGGACGAAGGACGAACGCCCGGUGGAGGAGCCACGCCUCCCCAGCCUGCAGUUCGCCCACGCCGGGGUCUACGCAUGCCUCGUGUCCAUACCGGGCCUGAGCCGGAACCAGAGCUUCGAGCUGGUGGUAGAAGGGAAGCCCGUGAUCACCGGUCUGACCAAACGGCCAGCCGAAGACGCCAAACAGGAAGUCCUGAGCUGCGAGGCGGAGGGAGUUCCGGAGCCCCGCUUCCACUGGAGCAUCAGCGGCACCAACGAGGAGCGCUCAUACUCCAACGGCAGAGCCGUCCACAGGAUCACCGUGGUGCCGAAGUUCAACCUGACCGUCACCUGCAGCGUGAGCAACCAGCUGGGAGGAGACGUCAUGAGCAUCAACGUGUCCUCCGUCAUGACGGAGGAAAAUGGAGAAAGAGGGUCUGGGGCGGACUCUGAGGACCGGGCCCGGCUGGUCUCGGGCCUGGUGGUGGGCCUGCUGCUGGCGGCCGCCGCCGUGGGGCUGGUCUACUGGCUCUACAGGAAGAACUCACGACAAGGCAGCUGGACAACUGAAGAGAAGGAAGCGGGGACGUCCGAGGAGAGCAGGAGGCUGGAGGAGAACCACGCCGCCUAGGAGAUGUCUGACGACUCCAUCAGCUCCAGAUCCAGACCAGAUCCAGAUCAACUCCAGACCAGAUCCAGAUCCAGUUGACCAUACCAGGAUCCAGAUGAUCAGACUGGAUCUACAUCCAGAUCAGCUCAGCUCCAGAUGACCUGGCCUGUCCCUGGCCUGUCCCUGGCCUGUCCCUGGCCUGUCCCUGGCCUGUCCCUGGCCUGUCCCUGGCCUGUCCCUGGCCUGUCCCUGGCCUGUCCCUGGCCUGUCCCUGGCCUGUCCCUGGCCUGUCCCUGGCCUGUGGCUUUUACCUCUGCUGCCUCAAUUCUCAAUUCUUAAAUUCUUGGAAGACUUCGUCCUGUCCAUCAGAAGACGGGACUGAGCGUCCACUCGCUCUUCUUCUGUGGUGCCAGGAGUUCUUCCUGGUCCUCCUGGUCCUGGUCUCUCGCCUGUCCAGACUCCAGAUCACUGUCCUCUCACUGUAGUCUUUCUCCAGCUGCAGACCGUGCAGGAGCCGGUCAGGGGGUUCGAACAUGAGUCCCUGCUGCCGUGCCUCCCGAUCAGACUCUGCACUUCCGUCUCGGUGAUGUUUUUUACUGAUAUUGUGUGAUUUUUUUUUCUUGUGUUUAUUGAUGUUUUGUGUGCGAUGGUGUGGAGCUCUGGACUCCUGUCCCACUGUCCCUCUUUAAGCUCCUCCUCCACCCUGAGCUCUGGACCGUGGUUUAAGCUCCGCCUCCACCCGGCUCCACCCUCCUCCGCCCGCAGACUGGAAGCCUUGAGCAGCGUUCCAGCUGUCAGAUUGUACAAACUUUCUCUUCUGUAUUUCUUUGAUGUGUGCAAAUCUAACUGAGCUCCUGCGAGGUGGAAACCCUGACGUGGUUCAACUAGCCCAACAUGUGGCCCGCGGUCUGAAACUGGCCGGUUGGAGGGUCCACGUCGGCCGGCAGGAUGUUUCUGUUUGUUAUUUAUGUUUUAUGAAGCGACACUGAGCUGACGAUCGGCACUGAACGCUAACCGAGUGGCAUUAGCGUUAGCAUUAGCUAAGCUGUGAGGCUGACCAUGUUAAAGCUACAAAAUGCCACCAAAGACCUGCCGUUUGAGUGUUCCACAGCAGGAAAGUAAUGAGUAAUGAUGACGUGUUUCUAAUUUAAAAGCUUUUACUGUAUUCAGACACUGAACUCUGACACGGUUCUGUCCGGAACCCGGUGCGUCGGUUCCGUUAGUCUGCUCUCAGCAGAUCGUCGAAAGGUCAACACUGUGUGAAAAACGAGGCGCUUAGUUCUUGUUUUUUCUCUCAAUCAGGUCAGCAGUGAAACCAAAGAGGGUGAACGGUAAAUACUCACCUUUGUUUUUGUACGCUUGUCGACAAUAAAGUGUCCGUUUUGA